GGAAGGUAUUUUAGCUGGACAGGAAGGUGAGGAAAAACAAAUAACACAUUAAUGCACAACUAACACCGCGGUGACGUCUACAACAGUCUGUUAGAGGUAUAAUUGAAAUUUUUUUUGCCUUCAUCAGUGACUAUCCAAACAUUGUUGUAGGGUAGCAGCCUAUUGCAACAAGUCGGGGCAUCCUGGCUAUGCUAGCUGCCCGUAUAAUCUUUAAAGACUGUGUCUGACAGUACCUCAUCUACAAUGAAAUUACAUCGGAUCCUUGUCAUUUUUUACAUACAUUCUUUGUUGUUUGAGGUGAGAACCAAUGAAGAAGAUGUUGAAAGAUUUUUUACUUGUGCUCUGCAAUGUAUUGAGGCGCUCCAAAAUGAAAAUUCAGGCAAUAUCAGACAAGAGCGGCUUUAUAGAGAGCUAGAUGAUCAUACACGAACUCUAUCAGAAUUUCUUGCUGCUGUAUCUCGAUAUGAUCCCAAUAAUAGGGUUGCCACCAACCUACUCGGAUCCUUGUAUAGAUGCUUUUGCAGCUUGCUACAUGAAUAUGAUGCUAGACAGAGAUCUACUUAUGCGACCCACAGAUUGUUACCCCCAACCACCUUGAGUGGUCAUCCAGGUCGGCCACAAUACACUAUAUCUGCUGAACAGAUUUCUCACUUUGUUUCCAUUGGUAUGACAUGGCAGAGAAUUGCAUCAUGCUUUGGAAUAAGUCGAAGAACCCUGUACAGACACAGACAAACUUUGGGAGUUGAGCCAUUAAGCUAUGUGGAUAUUUCAAAUCAAGAACUGAAUGGCCUUGUGACGGAUAUCCUACAGAACACUCCAAAUGCAGGGGAAGUAUACAUUCUUGGAAGUCUGAGAUCUCAUGGCUUAAGAGUUCAACGUUGGAGGGUCAGACAUAGUCUACAGCAAGUGGAUCCUAUUGGACGUGCAUUUAGACGUCGUCAUGCAAUAAGGCGAAGGAUCUAUAGUGUUCAGGCCCCCAACCACUUAUGGCAUUUUGACGGCAACCACAAGUUGAUUAGAUGGCGCUUGGUCCUGCAUGGCUGUGUUGAUGGCUUCAGCCGAACUAUCAUAUACUUACGUCGCUUAUCCAAUAACAGAGCCUCAAGUGUCUUGUCAUUAUUUUUGGAAGGAAUACAAAACUUUGGUUUGCCCUUAAGGGUCAGGUGUGAUCAUGGUAUGGAAAAUAUACAGGUUGCUCGUUUUAUGUUACAGAGAAGAGGCAGUGUUAUUACAGGUGUUUCAGAUUGA